GGGAGGGCGAGCAAAUAAAACAAGCAAGCGAGCUUCCUCCUGCACUUGAACAACACGAUGCUGCGAACAACGCGGGCUCUCCUCUGGGCUCUGCUACUCACAAGUCAAGGUGGCUCAAAAGCUCAGGAGUGCGGAACGGCGCCGCUCAACCCGAGGAUCGUGGGAGGCGACGAUGCCCCGGCGGGCUCGUGGCCCUGGCAGGUCAGCUUGCACGUCAACGGGAAUCACACUUGCGGAGGGAGCGUGAUCAGCGAGGAAUGGGUGCUCACCGCGGCCCACUGCAUUUCCACCACGGACCUUCGACUUUGGCGCCUGUUCUUUGGAAAACAGAAUCAAAGUACCACGGGGCCGAACGAGGUCAGCCGAACGUUGGCCCGAAUCAUCAUUCACCCCGACUACAACGAUCAAAACUUUCAAAAUGACAUUGCGCUGAUGAGGCUGAGCAGCCCCGUCACGUACAGCGACUUCAUCAGGCCCAUCUGCAUGGCGAGCAACUCCAGCCAGUUCCACAACGGCACCAGGUGCUGGGGCACCGGAUGGGGCAGACUGAGCAGUGACGAGCCGCUCGUGGCCUUUGAAAGGCUGCAAGAGGUUGAAAUUCCCAUCAUUGGAAACCGGCAGUGCAGCUGCGUCUACACCCUGGUGGAAAACGUACAAGUCACCGACAAUAUGAUCUGCGCAGGGGAGCUGGACAGAGGAAUCUGCCAGGGCGACUCGGGCGGACCCGUGCAGUGCAAGCAAGGCUCGGUGUGGAUCCAGGCGGGUCUGGCCAGUUUCGGCAUCCCCUGCGCCACGGGGCUUUUCCCUGAGGUCUUCGCUCGCGUGUCCUUUUACCAAGACUGGAUUACGGCGCAAGUGGCGGGGGCCGCCAUUAGUUUUGUCACCUACACCGACACCGGCGUGGACCAAGACGCCAGCUUUGUGUGCCCGCUCGAUACAGGUAGCUCCUCGGCCGCUGCGACUCUUUCCAGCUUCGGCGUCUUGCCCUUGCUGCUGGCCAUUUGGAUCUAACCGCAUCGGAUGGCGGCGAAUGGAUAGCUGAAUUUUUUUUUUUUUCCCCUUGCUGCUGACCAUUUGGAUCUAACUGCAUCGGAUGGCGGCGAAUGGAUAGCUGCAUUUAUUUUUUUUUUCGUUGUCUUGAAAUGUGGAUUUUUGAAUCGCAUCCCAUGACAUUUCUUUCCAUGUGCUUUGCGUCCAGUGAUUGAGCUUUGCCAUUGUGACAACAGUGUGCGGGCGCCUCACCUUCCUGUUUUACAUUUCUGAUUUUAUCAUGAGUAUGGAAUGCAUCAAAUGUGACUCCUUGCGCAAAAGCCACAAUUGGACUCUGCAAUUUUGAUUUGAUUUGAUUCACGGGCUUGAAAUAAAGAACGGGUGAUUUAUCGAU